AUGGCCAAAAAACCGUUGCUCUGUGCUUCCCCAUAUCCAAAACGCUUAGAAAAACGAUUUUUAGCGAUUUCAAAAUUUUGGGGUGAUUGCAAUACCUUACUGCACACGAUUUAUGUUGGGCUUUUGCUUGGAUUGGCCGUAAAUCAAAUAGAUACAGCUACUGUUUUUAGCAAUGCCAAACGACCUGCUUUGAACAUUGCUGUCGUUGGAGCGGGAGCUGCAGGUCUUUGUAGUGCCAAACACUGCCUUGCCGAAGGUCAUGAAGUAACCGUCUACGAACAAAGUGAAGAGAUCGGCGGAGUUUGGUAUUAUACGGAUGAAAUAGGCAAAGAUAAAUAUGGCGUUCCGAUUCACACAUCGAUGUACCAAGGGCUAAGACGUACUGAAAUAUCUCCAUUCAUAUGCAAACCAUUUCGAAUUGAAAAAAGUAAUCAAAUUGCGAGUCAUUUGGUCGUUCGUGUGCUUCCGAUUAAAAAUGAUAAAUGGGAAGUCCUUGUGAAAAAUUUACCGAAAAAUACAUUCGAAACGAUAAUCUAUGAUGUCGUUUUUGUUUGUAAUGGCCAUAAUUCGAAGCCGUUUAUUCCAAAUAUUGAUAGUGCCGACGAAUUCAAGGGAAAACUAAUUCACAGCCAUGAUUAUCGCAAACCGGAACCAUUUCGCAAUACAAGUGUUCUUGUCAUUGGUCCAGGACCAAGUGGAAAGGAUUUGGUGGCCCAAUUGGCAAAAUUCACUAAGCGGGUGGCAUUCAGCCGGCAUAAAAUUGUCAAUGAAACCGAUGAAGAUCGUAAGAAACGUCAAAGUCUAUACUCACCCAAUGUGAUACUUAAAGAUGAUGUGACACGUUUCACUUCGACUGGCGCCGAAUUUAUCGAUGGAUCCCACGAAACAUUUGAUGUUGUGUUCUUCGCAACAGGCUAUAACUCCUCGUAUCCAUUCUUAAGUGUUAAUUCGGGUGUUUAUGUUAAGAAAAAAUUAGUUCAACCAUUAUAUAAGCAUAUCUUCAAUGUGGAACAUCCAACAAUGGCUUUUAUAGGCAUAUCACCUUUUGCUCCGACGAUUCCAAUGUUUGAUUUACAGGUUCGGUUCGUACUAAAAUUCUUAUCGGGUGCGAAGAAAUUGCCAACAAAAGCCGAAAUGUUAAAAGAUGUGCAGAUGCAACCGACAAGACGGCGUCCAUAUAAUUUGUUACCUGAUCGAAUCGAAUAUAUAAAACAAAUAUCGGAAUUGGCUGACAUUGAACCUGUUCCAGAUGUAUUUGUGAGCGCGACUAAAGAUUCUAUCGUAGCUGGAAUUCGUGAACCAAACGACUUCCGCAAAUAUAGAUAUAUGUUAAUCAAUGAUAAAUCAUUUAAAAAAGAAAA